CUUUCAGAUUCAGGGUCUAAGAAGUUACCUCCAAAUCACUGCAACAAACCUGGGCAAAGCAGCUCUCAGAAGCCAGUUUCUACACAACAGAAAGUUCCCACAGGAAAGAAGGGCUACAACAAAAAUUCAGUCCUAAUAAAACGCAAGAAAGGGCAUUCUGGGAAGAAAUCUUUAAAAUGUAUUGACUGUGGGAAAAUCUUUAGUCAAACCUUUUCUCUUAAACUUCAUCAGAAUACUCAUACUGGGGAACGGCCUUAUGAAUGCAGUAAUUGUAGAAAAGUUUUCAGACAGGUUUCGUCCCUCAUUCUUCAUCGGAGAAUUCACAAUAGAAAGAAAAGCCAUGAAUGUGAUAAAUGUGGGAAAAGGUUCAAUCAAAGAAUAACCCUUAUUCUACAUCGGAGAAUUCAUGAUAGAAACGAAACCUACAUGUGUCGGAAUCCUGCAAGUCAGUACCCCUCUGUCAGUACACAUGAGAGAAUUCGCAUUGUCGAAAAUGUCCACCAUUGCAAAACAUGUGGGAAAGCCUUUAGUCACAUGGCAUCCCUUUUACUUCACAAGAGAAUUCACAAUGAAAAGAAAAAAUACAAAUGCAAGCAGUGUGGGAGAGCCUUCAAAAAGAAAUCAGUCUUAGUGUUACAUAAUAGAAUUCAUACUAGGGAGAAAACCCCUGAAAGUCAGAAGGCCUUAAGUAAGAGUCUACAGCAGAGGCGUUGCCAUCUGCAAAAUCCUUAUACAUGCAGAAAAUGUGGGAAAUUCUUUAAUAGAAUUUCACCCCUUAUGCUUCAUCAGCGAAUUCACACUUCACAGAAACCCUACAAAUGUUAUAAAUGUGAGAAGAUCUUCAGGCGACUUUCAACCCUUAUUCUGCAUCUAAGAAUUCACAAUGGUAAGAAAGUAUAUAGAUGCAAUAAAUGUGAGAAAGUCUGUAAUCGGUAUUCAUCCCUAAUUCAACACCAGAAAGUUCAUACAAAGAAAAAGAAACGGUUUGAGUGUAAGGAAUGUGGAAAGAUGUUUUCUGGAACAGCAAACCUUAAAAUACAUCAGAAUAUUCAUUCUGAAGACAAACCUUUCAAGUGUAAUAAAUGUAGUAAAGUUUUUGGCCGCCAGUCAUUUCUUAUUGAACAUCAGAGAAUUCAUACAGGAGAGAAACCCUAUCAGUGUGAGGAAUGUGGGAAAGCCUUCAGUCACCGAAUAUCUCUUACUCGACAUAAGAGAAUUCACACCGAAGAUAGACCCUACGAAUGCGAUCAGUGUGGGAAGGCCUUCAGCCAGAGUGCGCACCUUGCCCAACAUGAAAGAAUUCACACUGGAGAGAAGCCAUAUACAUGUAAAACAUGCGGGAAAGCAUUUAGUCAGCGCACAUCCCUUAUUCUACACGAAAGAAGUCAUACUGGAGAGAAACCCUAUGAAUGUAAUGAAUGUGGGAAGGCAUUUAGCAGUGGCUCAGACCUGAUUCGACAUCAGAGAAGUCAUUCUUCAGAGAAACCCUAUGAGUGUAGUAAAUGUGGGAAGGCAUACAGUCGGAGCUCCUCCCUGAUUCGACACCAGAAUGCACAUUCUGAAGAAAAACCCUAAGGUUUUAAAUCUAUAAAUGUGAAGAAUGAGGCUGUCAAAGAAGCAUAGGUAUGGGGAAAAUGUAUUUGUCUAUAACAUAAAUUUUGUCUAUAUGGGACCAUUUGAUGGUGCGUCCCACUUUAAGAAACAAAGAGCAAAAGUCAUUCAUGACUUUUGACCUCAGAAUUGGAAAUUGUCUACAGCAAGUCCAGAAUACUGCAUUAGUCAUUGUGAGUGAAGACCAUUUUUCACGUGAUAAGAAUUAUUCAUAUUUUACUUCCAGUGUAGUUUUAAAGUUACUUCAUUUGUCAUGUACAACAAAGUACAAUUGUGAAGUCCAUUUUUAUGAGUGGGGCUUUUGAGCCUUAUUUAAAGUCACUUGAAGAAACUUUUGAGUCUGUUCCUCAGAACUGGACAUAUCAAAUAGAAGGGACUUCCUGGCAAAACAGGGUGCCACUUUCAGCUGAAAGAAACUGGUGGUUGAGAAUAAAUAAGAAUGAGUCUUUAGGUAGAUGAGGAUAUCAUGCAUAAUGGUACAUAGCAGUAGAGCUCUUACCGUACUGUCUUCAUGGUUAUGAUGAUAUAUAAUCUUCAUGAUGUGAAAAUCUAACAUGGCUGAGACAGGCUAACAGAAAAAUAACCAGGAUAUACUGAAGAACAAGGAACUUCAGAGCCGACAGAAAUUGUGAAUGUUUUCUUUGAAGAUCGAUUGUCUAUAUUUAUAUGAAGAAACAUUGAUAUUUUCAUGUAAUAGUACUUGUGUGCAAUAAGUGACUGGUGAAAUAUAAGUUCUUAUGAAUUGAAUGUUUGUGUCCCCCAAAGAUUUAUAUGUUGAAGCCCUAACCCCCAAUGUGAUUUUGUUUGUAAAUCAGGCAGGCCUAUGGGAGGCAAUUAGAGUUCAAUGAGGUCAUGAGGGUGGGGCCCUCAUGAUGGGAUUAGUGCCUUUAUAAGAGAGAACAUCACAGAGCUUGCCCUCUCUGUGCUAUGUGAAGACACAGAAAGAAAGAAGCUGUCUGCAAAUCAGGAAGACAGCCCUCUCCAGAACCUGACAUCUUGGACUUCCAGGCUCCAGAACUGUGAGAAGUACAUUCCUAUUGCUUAAGCCACCCAGUCUGUGGUAUUUGUUAUGGCAGGUAGAGCUAAUAUCUGGGGGAAACCCUAGAUUUGUAUACUGAGCUCUUUUCCUGUCAGCUGUUCACCAUAUGUGGUAGCUUUGAGUCCCUUUCUUAUUUGUGCCAAAUAUGUAAGAAAUAAAAUCAGAGUUCUGUGAGAAGUGG